GACUGGGCGUCGGGCGAAAGCAGUGAGGAAGUGCUGGUGGCGGAGGAGUUCCGUGUUUUGAUGGCGGGGGAGCCGAGUGGGGCGGGAGCGGCGCAUCACAAUGUGGCCCGCCUCUCCGAAUGGGCGGACGCACACCUGACUCUGCUCCGGAAUAUCAGCACUGGAAUGGCCAUAGCUGGAGUAGUUUUACUGGCAAAGAGUGUUAACUGGUAAGUUACAACCAAAUUCACAAAUGUUUUGGAAAUACCUUCAGAAUUUAUAGAGAAGAAUGUUAAGCUUCGUGGACGGUUACACCAAAUAACUGAUCAAGGAUUUGAAAUUGAACAUAUUCCUAUCACCAUUCCAAUUAUUUCAUCUUUGCAGAAGAGAUGGCAUGCAGACGGAUUGUUGCUGGUCAGGCUUGCUGGUGUCGAGCUGGCACCAGGUGGCACGAUCUGGUUGAAAAGUGAAAUAAAACCCUCACAAAUGAUGUGGUUCCAACUUCUGGAAAGGAAGGACUCAGUGCUUCAUUGCCUUGUGGUGAUCAAAAAGGGUAGAUUUUCCAGUGUCUGUCUGAAUGAAGACAUCUUGAGGCAAGGUCUUGGCAAGACAGUUAACAUUGAAGGACUUGCACAUGAAUCCCGGAUAUACUGGAAGCUUCACAAAAGGCUGCUUCAAGCUGAACUGAAAGCCGUCAAGAAACAUAAAGGAAUCUGGAAAGAAGAAUCAUUCAUUGAGAAACUUAGAGAGCACAUUACCAAUAAUAAAUAUCUACAAAAGUUAAAACAGUUUGCAACCUGGCUAAGAACCCGUCUCUGAAAGCACAGGGAUUUUUGGGGGGAAACACCAGAUGGAACAGGAUGUAGCAUUAUAUUCUUUCUAUCAGAAUAAUAUUAUAAAAUGCCUUCUCUUCUGUUGGUGGCUCCUGUCUUGGAAGAAAAUGAAAACAUCAGAGAAAAUACUUCUUGAGAUUGUUGCAUGACUGGAAAUUCAUAUAAGUUGAAUAUACAUUCUAUUCCAUUCUAGAUGCCCAGCAGAAGAAGGAAAUAUAAGGCUUAAUGAGUGGAGCGUGAUGUGAAAGUGCUGGUGAUAUCUGUCGGUGUGUGGAUCUGGUUGCUGAUUUAUAGGAGUGAAUAUUAUGUUGUUGAGAGCAGAAUACCUUUUUCCAGUUAUGUUUUUAAUGGAUAUUAGGCUCUGUUCACAAAACCAAAUGAUAGGUAGGGAACCUAGUCAGCUUAUGCUGACUUCUGUCUACAUUGUCUUCUAACAAGAUGUAAAGUUCAUAUUGCCAUUAGGUGCUGGACUUACUUCAAGUUUUCCUGGUUCAGUUGAGUGCAUGCCAGCAGCACAAACAACGGCCUUUUCAUAAUCAGAUGAUAUUUGCUUCCUAAAACCCAACCUACAAUUAACUAAAAUAAUCAUGAAGAUAUUAUGAGCUCUGUACUCUGUUCUGUGGACACUACACGUUCUUGUCAUUGUAUAUAUCGAAGCAAAGUAGUUGCAGCCUUGGUAGCUCGAGCUGUGUAUUAUAUACCUGUAGUAAUCCAGAAGAGGUAGAAAUGAUGCCAACCCAAACAGUCUCAUAUUUAACAUGAGUUUACACUGAGGCUUAUUUUGUUUCUAAUGCAGCCAAGUGGAUACUUGAUUUUCUUGUAAACUUUUUGUGAGCUAUUACUUUAUGGGUGAUAGCCAUUGAACUAUAGGGAAAUUGCACACAGUUUUACACAAACAUCCUGUUAUCCCUUUGUUGUGCAGAUGCAACCUGAAUAGCUAUAGAAGCAUUCACCCACUUUGUUGUGACUGGUAUGAAUGUGGCUGUUUGGAUUUUUCAGAUUCAAGCUUUGUUUAUUUCAUGGUGGCCAAAAUUCACAGACCAAUGUACCUGUGCAUUAUGUUUGUAGACCACUUUCUGAGGUUGCAGUCACAAAUCCACUUAGAAAUGUUGGGCUUGCAUUCAAGGCAGUGUUCAUUGGACCGAAGAUCAAGUCUGUUGCCGCGUAACCGUUGUUGUGUACUCCUCCUUCCAAGAUUAAUUGACCUGAUCGUAAGAUGAGAGCACAUGACUGUAUUUACUUUGGAGGAACAUUAUGUAUUACUGGUUGUUCUAAACCAUUUAUUUAAAUGCUUAACUGGUCUGAUGAGACUACUAUUUUAACAAUCUUGCUUCGACUCUAGAAAAAAAUAUAACUAUGACACAGAAAAAUAAAUGAUUCUGUAUGACUUUUCCUGUUCUUGGCAAACCAGUUAAGUAUUAAAAUAUUAAUCUGUUUAAUUGCUAGCAGUAAUUCAGAUGCUUUAACAAUAAAGUGAUUAACUAUAAA